UACACGACCAAUACAAAUCUGUAUUAAACGGUAAACUAACAUGCAACUUAAAUGAAAAAGUUCUAUACCAUUGAGAUUGAUUCCCCCUUUGCUUACUAAUAUAAACAUAUGUUUAAUUUCACAUAUAGAACUUGAAAAGACUUAUUUGUAUAUCAUUUCUAAACAUUGUAUUCAUUUAUAUUCAUGAAAAUGUAUUGUCUAACGUUUUUUCUUCUGACAGUUUAUUAGAAAAUAAUGAUUAACAAAUAGACGCUAGAUUUCCACUUAUCGUAGGUAAUACAAAGAUAACAAUACAAAAAGAAAGGAAGUUGAGUUGUAGCGGGCGUUCUUAUAUUGAUGUCAACUCAUCCUUGAAGAAGACUAGACAAGAAAUAAUGGAUGAUGAAUGUUUAGUUAUAGUUAUUUGAUUUAUUAAGAUACAAUCAGAGAAAUUUUGAAGAAAAGAUAAGCAUUCAAGUGAACACAACCAUACAAUAGUUCUAUUUAGCUUAAAGCAGAUGUAUAUAUGAAUUGAUUUGAUCAAGCGUAAAAAUAUUUGAACAUAGUGUUUUCACCCUCGCUUUUUUUUUCUUUAAAAAUAGAUCAUCGGUAUGUGAUGGAAUUAUUGAUUGUCGUAAUGCUAGUGAUGAACAAUGUACUCAAAAGAAUCCAUUAAUAGUUUGUUCUCGAGAUGAAUAUCAUUGUAAAAUAACAAAUCGUUGUAUACCAAGAACAUGGCUAUGUAAUGGAAUUAAUGAUUGUCUUGAUCCAUUUUCAUCGGAUGAAUUAGAUUGUCCAAUAAUGACUAAAUGUACAUCGGAUGAAUUUACUUGUCAAUCGAAUCAUCAAUGUGUGUUAUCAACUGCUGUUUGUGAUGGAAUUCAAGAUUGUAUUGAUGGUAGUGAUGAAUCAUCAUCUUUAUGUCUAUUUCCUCGAUUUUGUACACCUGAUCAAUUUACAUGUAAAUCAACCAAAUUAUGUAUUUCAAAAACGAAUAUGUGUGAUACAAUAAGUCAAUGUCAUGAUCGAAGUGAUGAAAUGUUUUGUAAUUGUCCACUUGAAGAAUAUAUUAGUAGAAAAUUAUUCUAUCGUUGUGGUUUAACAAAUAAAUGUCUACCAAAAAAUCUUGAAUGUGAUAUAAAACGACAAUGUAAUCCAACAACUGUCGGAGAAGAAGAAGAAGAUAAUGAUAAUAUAGAAUGUCCUUCGCUAUCAUCAUUAAUUAAUCGACCUUGUUCAAUAAAUAAUACAUGUUCAGGAGAAAAUCAAUAUUGUAGAAAUAAUCAACGAUGUGUUUGUCAAGAAGGUUAUCGAAUGAAUGAAACAACUGACGUUUGUCAAGAUAUUGAUGAAUGUCGUGAAAGAGUUAUUUGUGAUCAUUAUUGUAUAAAUACACAAGGUUCAUAUCGUUGUUCGUGUCAUGAAAAUUAUCAAUUAAAAUCUGAUAAACAUACAUGUAUACUUCGAACAAAUAUAUUUUCAUUAGCAUAUUUAUAUGGUUUAUUUAAUAAUGGAAUAUAUAAAUUAAAUAUAAAUAAUAUUUUACCAAAUAAUGAACAAUUAAUUACAUUAACAGAUUAUGCUUAUUUAUUAGAUUAUGAUCCUAUUGAAAAAUAUUUAUAUUUUGCCGAAUGUUCAACACCUAUUCGAUCAAUUAUUAUGUCAUGUCCUAAAACAAAAGGAAUAUUUCGAAUUAAUUUAAAUCAAUCAAUAUCGAAAAAAGAAUUAAUUAUUGAUGGACGUGAUUAUACAUCAAUUCAAUCUAUAGCUAUUGAUUGGUUACAUAGAAAUAUUUAUUUUGUUAAUACACGUUUACAAACUAUUGAUGUGUGUCGAUUGAACGGAAGUUUUUGUUAUACACUGCUACAUCAAACAAUUAGUGAUUAUUUACCACAAAGAAUUAUUUUAUAUCCUGAAAAAGGUUUACUAUUUUAUACAGCUAUUAGUAAAUCUCGUGCACAACAUAUUGUACGACUUGGAAUGGAUGGUAGAAAUUUCAAACUUUUCUUUACAAUAAAAACAACAAAUGAUAUUGAAAAUGUUAAUUAUCUUCGAUCAUUAUUAACAAUCGAUCGAAUAAAUCAUUAUUUAUAUUUUUAUAAUGGUUUAGAUAAAAUAUUUAUAUUAAAUAUGCAUGGAGAAAUUCUUCAUAUACAAUAUCAAACAAUACAUCGUUUUCAUUCUUUUAAAAUUUUUUCCGAUAAAAUGUAUAAAGCUUUUGCAAAUAUUAGUGAAACAAAUCAAAGUGAAUUUUCUAUUAAUCCAAAAUAUGCACUCGGUACAACAUUACUUGAACCAGGAUUUAUUUCUGAUUCGAAUCGAGUUCUUCAAAAUUUUUAUAAUAAAAGUUCAUCAUUCGUAUCAGAUUCUUCACUAUUAAAUUCAUUGCAUAAUUUAUAUUAUUAUCGAUAUCCAUUACAUAUGAUUGAUUUUAUUAUUAUUGAUUCGAAUGAAAAGAAAGAAAUAGAAAAUCGAUGUAAUCAAUGUAAACAAUUAUGUUUUCCAAAUACUAUUAAUCAAACAGAAAUUACAUGUGGUUGUGCACAAUAUUAUAAUCUAGCUGAUGAUAAACAUUCUUGCAUACCUGAUUGUCCUGAACAUUUUUUUAAUUGUCAACUAUCGAAAAAAUGUAUUCCAUUUUAUCAAUAUUGUGAUGGAAUUUCUAAUUGUAUAUUUAAUGAAGAUGAAAAUAACUGUCAAGCAUGUAAUAAUACUUCAUCAUUUCAUUGUUCGAGUUCUUCGAAAUGUAUAACAAUCGCUGAUUUAUGUAAUAAUAUAACUGAUUGUUUACUUGGUGAAGAUGAACAUGAUAUAGUUUGUAAACAUUUUUGUGAAUGGCCAAGUUUAAAUAUGUGUACAAAAAAAUAUCCGAAUUUAUGUUCGGAUGUAGAAUUUUAUUGUGAUGGAAAAUGUGUAUCGAUUACACACCGAUGUGAUCAUGAACCCUAUUGUUAUGAUGGUGCUGAUGAACCAUUUGAUUGUAUAAAUGUUACAUGUCCUCAUGAAUAUUUUAAAUGUCCAUUAUCAGGAAAAUGUAUACCAUUUGAAAAAGUUUGUGAUAAUGUUGAAGAUUGUCCAACAAUUGAUAGAAUAAAUGGAAUGAUUGCUGAUGAAUCAUCACAAGCAUGCAAUUUCGUGUUAGAUCAUUUGGCUAAUUUAACAACAAUCAUUCCUCCACAAAUACAUAUGACAUGUGAAUCAGCUGAUUUAUUUCGAUGUAAAACAAAUGAUUUUUGUAUAAAUCGAACUUAUGUUUGCGAUGGUGAUCUUGAUUGUUCGGAUUCGUCUGAUGAAGAAAACUGCGACAAUAAUAAUAAUAAUAAUGGUAUUCUAUCAUUAGUAUUACAUAAAGAUUAUACUUGCAUGAAUGGUUAUCGAUGUGCACAACAACGACAUGAACUAGAUGAUUCGAUUCCAUUGUGUAUACCUUUAAAUGAAUUAUGUGAUGGUAUUAAUCAAUGUCCAUUAGGAGAUGAUGAACAUCAAUGGCGUUGUCGUAAUGAUUGUGCUAAUUGUGAUCCAACUUCGAGUUAUUGUGAGCUGAUUAAUCGUUUACCUAUUUGUCAAUGUAAAGAAGGUUACGUUAAAAUAGCGAAUGGAAGUUGUAUCUUGGAAGAUAACCUUUGUAAUUGGUCGUAUGGUAUGUGUUCACAUACAAAUCUAUCACAAAUAAAAGAUAAUCUAAAUUCUUGUAUAAAAAAAACAUCUCCUGUCAAUUGUCAAUGUGAUCGAGGAUAUAAACUACAAAACAUAUCAUGUAUUGUACAAAGUAAUCAAACUUUUAAUGUAAUGCUUAAUCCUCAUGCAUCAUUUUAUCUUUAUCAACAUGAUUCAAUUUUCGUACCAGUAAAUCCUUCUCAUCAUUUAAUUGAUGCUGUAUUUGUUCCAAAUAAUAAUACUUGGACUUUAUUGUAUACUGAACAACGUAAUGGACAUGGGUUUAUAUGGCAACAAAAACUCAAUCAAAUAUUUAAUUUAACAAAUCGUUUAGAAAAUAAUGCAACACAGAUAUGGUCAUCAUUAAUUUUUCAUUUUACAUCCUUAGAAAUCGAUUGGAUUCAUCGUUUUGUUUAUGCACUUUAUGAUGAUCCAUCAUCGUCAUCAAAUGGGAUUGAAAUCAUGUAUGCAACUACAAAUGAUUAUACACAGCUAAUAUUUGUUAAUCGAUUAACAUUUUCUAAUUUAAAAACAAUUUCAUCAAUUAAUGUUCAACCUUUACAAGGAUAUCUUUAUAUAAGUGCAUAUUAUGAUGCACAACAUUCUUUUAUUUAUCGAAGUUUACUUGAUGGAUCUAAUCUUGAAAUAUUUUUAAUACUCCAAUAUCCAGUAUUAAGUAUGACAAUUGAUUAUCGUCAUCCACGUUUAUAUGUUAUGUUAUCAAAUGGUAAAAUUGAAAGUUAUGCAAUUGAUUCAAGUCAACCAUGGAAAACAGAUGUUUAUUUUGUUACAAAUUUUCGACCUUAUUCUAUUAAUCUCUAUGAUGAUAUACUUGUUGUUAUGGUUUUUAAUACAACAGAUUCAACAUAUGAUGAAUUAUGGAUAGAUAAAUUUAGUAAAACAAUAACAGAGAAAAAUCGUAAAUUAAAAACACCGACAAUUAUUCGAUAUAUACAUGAAUUUAAAUAUCCAAAUAUUGAUAUAUCGAAUAUGGUUAAACAAGUUUGUUCGGAUUCAUCAUGUCCAAACGGUCGUAUUUGUAUAUCAACUCCAUCAUAUCAACCACUUUGUAUUACUCCAGGACAAAUGAAUUUAUGUAGUUCAUCAUGUCAUAGUCGUGGUAUAUGUUCAAAUGGUCAUUGUGUUUGUUCGAAUCAAACAUAUAUCGGUGAUGAUUGUGAAAUAUGUCGAUUAACAGAUACAGUUCAUGUUGGUUGUUUUCAUAUUGGUAAUGAUUCACAACCACCUUGUAUGUGUUAUUUAUCACGAUCUAAAACUCGACAAACACCCUAUUUAUGUACAACACUUAAAAAUGAUCGUGAAGAAAUUGAAGUACCUUGUGAUCGUAUUAUAACACCAACAGAACGUGAAGUAUGUUCACGAACAUUAUUUGGUGAACCCUCAUGUGGUACUAUGAGUCAUUCAUUAAUUUUUCAUAUUCAAACACAAAGUUGUAUUUGUCGCGAAAUAAUCAAUAGAAAAAUAAAUUGUUUUAAUAAUGGACUUUUGAUUAUUGAUGAUUCUAAGAAUUCAUCGACAUGCUCUUGUCCGUCACCAUUUUUCGGAAAUCAAUGUCAUUUGACACGAUGUAAUAAUUAUUGUCAAAAUAAUUCUACUUGUACACUUAAUGGAACGAUUCCUAUUUGCAAUUGUUUAAAUGGUUUUAUUGGUGAAAAAUGUCAAUAUAAUCUAUGUCAAUCAUUCAUUUGUCAAAAUAAAGGACAAUGUAUUGUAGAAAAUAAUAAACCAAUUUGCCAUUGUCUAUCUGGUUUUACUGGUUAUUAUUGUCAAAUUCGACAUGGUUUAGCAUGGCGUGUAUGGAUUUUAACGAUUAUUGCUUUUGCUCUAAUAUGCACUAUUGGUUAUAUUUUUAUUCGAUAUAAUUCGAAAUUAAUUCGAUUAAAAUAUUUAUUUGCAUAUCAUCGUUUACAUGAACAAAUUGGUUUAGAAAUAAAUUCAAUGAAUCCAUUUUAUUCACAUGUACCAACCAAUGAUAACGUUAAUCAUGAACGAAUAUUAGAACAUGAUCUAUUUGAUGAAAAUGAACGAUCCGCAUUAGAAAUGACAAAUACUCAAAGAAAUAAUAUAACAGAUGAAUAUUCAGAUGAUCCAUUUUAUAUUGAUGAAAAACAACCAAUAUUUAGUAAUGAUCGAAUUUAA